CCUCGUCUGGCUUCCCCCUCAGAGGGCUGAGGCGCCGGCGCCGGCGGUGUCCGUUGUCGUCGUCGUCCGGGCAGGGGGGGCCUGAGGCGCGUCAUGGCGGCCGAGGAGUCGUCGUCGUCUGUGGUGAAGGCGCAGCUGGCCUUGUCUCUGUCGGAAGCGGCAGCGGGCGGCUACAGCGGCGGCGAGACCGUAUCCGGGCGGGUGGUGGUGGAGGCGGCGGCGCCGCUGCCCCUCCGCGCCCUCCGCCUUGAGGCCACCGGGCGCGCCAGGGCCGCUUGGGGCGAAGGAGCCGCCGCUGUGGCAGCCGCCGCCGCUUCUCCCUCAGGGGCAGCAGGAGGGGGCCCGGGGGUCCGGCUGGAGGCGGAGGUGCCCUACUUGGACGUCCGGCAGCACCUGCUCGGGCAGGACUCGCGCCCGGCAGGUGAUGAGGGCUUAAUCCUGUUAGAAGCUGGAAAACAUGAAUUCCCUUUCAGCUUUCAACUCCCCCAGCAACCUUUAGCAACCUCUUUCACGGGCAAGUAUGGCAACAUCCAGUACUGUGUGAAAGCAACCCUGGAAAGGCCAAUUGUCCCUGAUCAAACUGUGAAGAGAGAGUUCCAGGUUAUCAGCCACAUAGAUGUCAAUUCACCCGUUCUACUGAGCCCUGUAAGACGAAGCCAGGAAAAGAUGAUCGGAUGCUGGUUUUUCACUUCUGGCCCAGUUUCUCUCAGUGCCAAAAUAGAGAGGAAAGGCUAUUGUAAUGGUGAAGCAAUACCAAUUUAUGCAGAAAUUGAGAAUUGUUCCUCUCGUUUAAUUGUUCCAAAAGCUGCUAUUUUCCAAACACAGACUUAUCUGGCUAGUGGGAAAACAAAAACUUUUCGACAGAUGGUCGCCAAUGUGCGAGGAAACCAUGUUGCUUCUGGUAGCACGGAUACCUGGAAUGGGAAAACUUUGAAAAUUCCACCUGUCACCCCUUCUAUCCUUGACUGCUGUAUUAUCAGAGUUGAAUAUUCCUUAGCUGUGUACAUUCAUAUUCCUGGUGCUAAAAAGUUGAUGCUUGAGCUGCCUCUCGUGAUUGGCACAAUUCCAUGUACUGCAUUUUCCAGCAGAAACUCCAGCCUUGCCAGCCAGUUCAGCAUGGAUAUGAGCUGGUUGGCACUGUCAAUGCCAGAACAUCCAGAAGCACCGCCCAAUUAUGCCGAUAUAGUGUCAGAGGAAGAGUUCUCAAGACAUGUUACGGCUUAUCCACAACUAAUUGACUGCAAUGAAGAACUAUGCUGCCCUAUGUUGGCCUACAUUCAGGAGUUCCGGUUUCAGCCCCCACCUCUCUAUUCAGAGAUUGACCCACAUCCUACUGAGGUAGAAGAUAGCCAGCCAGUUUCAAUAAUGGCUUAAGGAUGAUUGAGAAAGCUGCAUCUUGAUCAGAUGGAAUAUCUUGAUUUUGUUUUCUACAGCCUAAACAUUUUUUAAAGCAAUUUAUUGCUUAAAGGUAUCAAGGCAACCGAAACAUUAAGAUGGCCUACACCUUGCCUCUUUGAGGAGAGGCAAGAGAUGGAAGAAAGCCUUGUAGUUUAGCUGGCAAUGAAGAAACCAUGAGAUCAGAUUACCAGGAAAGUGGCCCCUAUCUUACCUGGAACAACUGAAAAAUAUCUAAGAAGAGAGAAAAUUUAGGAACUGGUGCAUAUAGUGCAAAAAUCAUGCUGAGGAUAUUUUCAAGAGCAGCCAAACCACAUAACAAAAAGGCUGCACCAAGGAGAUACAGUUGUUUUAUCUGCAUGACUAAAUUAUCCUGAGAAGGGACAAAAAUAAGAGUAAGAUUCCAAAAAACACUCCUUUAGUUUACAAGGGCUUCUGCUUGACAAUCUCAGUACCCAAGCAGGAAAAUCUGAGAUCCUGACUGUACUCAGCAUCAAAAAUAAGAUUGUAUUAAUUUAAAGAAAGAAAGAAAUGUCAGAUGGACACCUAUCAUGUAGUGGUCUUAAAAUGCAUAUUGCUUUAUAGGGAUAUUAAUAUAUAGCAAGAGUCAUGAAGGUGCCAGCUCUUUUUAAUUACGAAUGGCAGACAUUUAUUUCAAUGGUGGAGCUGGAGUUUUGUUGCUGCACUUCAAGUUUUUGUUUUAUUUUGUUAAGGGAAAUGCAGUUAAGUUUUCUACAACUCUGCAGAACUAUUUUCCCCCCCUGCAUCUUUACCAAUGGGACAAAAUCUGGCAAGGGCAGCCAAAUACUACACCAGUCCUUAACUUCAGCAACUUGAGCCACUGCCACUAGAGCAAUUAUAGGCAGUGUCUCUAUAAAGAAUGAAGAAAGGAGUAGCUAUGAUUUCCAAUAAUGAAUUACUGUGUUUAAAAGCCUUUUUAAAAAACAAAAAAACAAAAAACCUACCUCUGUUUUGGAUAUGAGAGCCGAGACCAAAAAGUGUAAUUCUGCAGUUGGAUCUGCCCCCGUUAAAUUCCCAGUUUGAUAGUAAUUUCUCUAUGAAUUUUGGGGGUCAGGAGAGAGGUUCUUGGAGAAUCAUUAUUUAGUAGGGCAAUUCUCCUUAAAAGCAACAUGAGAACCUUGUCAGUGCACGUGUUUAUGUACAGCAAUCUGGCUCACUUAUCAGGGAAUUGUUCUUUGCUUUCUUCAGAAUUGGGCUGUGUCUUUACUAUGGUGCAAUAUAAUUUGAGUUGUUCCUCAGGUCAUUUAGAAUAGUGAAUAUUGCUGCUUAGGAUAAAGUCUCAUAUUAGGGGUGCCUCAUAGAUUGAAGGAAAUCUUGUAUAGUAUGUACAUUAUAUUUUUAAGCAGAUAUACUGCAGCUUGCAAGAAACCUAAAUUGUCCAUCAAAUUGUGGAUUUAUUAUGUUUGCAAUGAGUAAAAAGGAAGUAGUUCUAAAGGGGGGGAUUUCUUAGCUUUUAUAUGAUAGUGCGUGCACCUGCAUUAUGCCGCCCCUCCUUCUCCCUUCAGAUCACCAUUUCUAUCAAGCCUUUGGCAUAGCCCCCUUGGGCCUAUGUCCAACAGUGCAUAUACAUUUCCCUGUUUCCCGCUACCUUCACUUCUCUUCUUCUCUUCCUGUCUCCUUUACUGUACACUGCAAAGCACCAUGCACCUUAAUGACCCUAUAUGAACAACCAAUAACUUUGCAGCAGGCACCAUCUUAAGGGAAAAAAACAGUGCUUCUAAGAUGACUUCUGCAUCUUUAAAAAAAUAGUUUUUAACAGGUAUAAGAAAAUUAAGCUGCUGCCUGAUUUAAUUGGGGUCACCACUUCUAAACAAUUUACAGUAACAGAAUAAUAAGCAUUGAAGCUUUAAAACACACACACAC